AUGUCUGUGCUAUGCCAUAUCGAAGAUACACGGGUCAACGCAGGGUACCAUGGUCUUGCAAGGCGUUGCCUCGGUGCAGCGUCUGAAGACAACCAGGUCGCCCUCGUGGUGUUCGACCAGGUCUACAUUCUCCGUACACAUAUCUCUUACGUCGAGGUGGUCUGCAAGAUCCACAGCGAAGGCGUUGGCGAGUUCCCCGACUUACCUGUUGACAGUUACAGGAGCACUUUGUCGUUGAACUCCGCAACGCCCGAAACGCUCCUCGACGAGCAGGCACGAAUUGCCAGCAUGGCAUUGCUAAACUCAUGGCCAAGAAUUGUGUCAGCUACCUGGACACCCCCUGCUAUCCGUAGAGAGGGUGUCCUAACCUCCGCUCUGUGUACCAUUAACGUGGAGAAUAGAAUAGAAAUGUGGCUCCCAAAGCGGAGUCACGGUGAAGUCAUCUAUGAAGUGGAGAAAAUAUGCGACCUCACAGCUGCCGCCUCAUUAGAGACGCCCGAUGUCAGUCACAUAAUUAUUUCAUCGUCCGAAGACAGUGAUAGCAACAUGAGUGUUAACAGUGAGAAUGUCGAAUCUUCACACCCGGGGAUUAGCUUGUGCCACUUCGCACAGGUCCCUGAAGAUGGGCCAACAGGCGGUUUCGUUGGUAUUUUGGCGUCUAAAGAACGUUUAAUAGCGUUAUGGAUGUCCGAUCGAUGUGGCGUUAACUGUUGUGAUGGGAACUGCAAGCCUCCAACCAAAGUGGAGGAGGAGAAGGCCUCGCGGCCGUUAGUAUGGUACUCUACUGGAGGAUUUCCCCCUGGAUGCCGUACUGAAUUUGAGAACUUAGUCGCUCGUGCCAUUCAGGUGAAUCAACCAUUGGAACGUCUCAAUGAGUUUGACAUAGAGCGUAUAGGUGAGCUGUUUCCUCUCCCCACCGUAGAGACGCCGGAACACGGAAUGAAAUAUAAAUCGAUAGCAUUAAUCGACUCAGGUCAUGUCAGUUCUAUGGACACAUUGCUACGGUUUGCCAGUGAGGAUCUGCUGGUCUAUGACAUUUAUGUCUCCAGUUGCGACGGGCGUAUUCGGAAGAUUGAGAUAAAAAUCGAUGUAGACAAGACUGGUGAAGUUACUGCUAAACUGGGAGAAUGGAAAAUUGUGCUAGAAUUACCAAACGCGAUCGAAAUGUUACGUGUGCGCACCUUCCAUUCUGGUGAUGUUGAGAUACCGUUGCUGAUAUCACUCGUACACAACUCAAUUCUCUUUUACAAUAUAGCCACUGGCCUAUAUGUAACCCAUGAAUGUGGAAGUUACCCGUUGGUGGCCUACCAUACGGAGCCAUUCUUCAUGCGGGGGGGAGACAUUGCACGUGUCGUUGUUCUCGAUUCAGAAGGCACUCAAAUCAACCUUGUGAUUACACCAACUCUCAAGAUUCGUACUUGUCCAAGAACGAUAGUCAGUACUUCUGAUUUUGUGAUGCUUUACGUAUGCGAUUCUGAAUUCGCAUGUUUGCAGGUAGCAGUCAGCCAUUCUACACUUGAGUUACGGCGUAAUCUACGGUCUCCACAUAUAUUUGCCACGGCGCUUGCCACAUUGGUUCGUGGAGGAAAACUAUAUCAUUUUAACAGGUUGGUGAGACACUUGACAUACCGGAAUGAGUUGGUGCACACCAAUACAAUGUUCACUCGAGACGACGACCCAAUCCAUUGGCGGAUUGCAGAGAUGUCAUUAGAUAAUUUUGUCGAGAUCGCCUUUGACAGUCAAGUAACAACGUUCUGGAAUGAAAUGUUUUCGUUAAUAGACACCAAACACCCCGCGAAAGCGAGGGUGGCAACAUUGCUUUACUUUUUGGCAUACGCGGAAGCUGGAUGUGACACUAGCAAUGGUCUCAUUCCUAUCGAGCUAAUGUGGGACUGCCGACCGUUGAUACAACGUUUCCUGCGCGACCUCGAGGUCACUGAUGAAGUUGUCAAGCAGCUAGAAGAUCUUAUAGAUGGGCUAUACACUUAUAAGCAGCUUACAAUGUUCAAACAUUAA